AGAAGAUGUCCAGCAUCACGACAGCGAUCGACCCGCACAUUCCUUGCAUAAGCCUGCAGUCCCUUCGUCACAUCAAACGCCGGUACUGGAAAGUUCUGUACGCCAGCUUUCAGCUUCAGUUCAGCGUCACCUGAGCCAGAUCCACAAAGCUUCGAAGCUAUCAGCCUCAAUCGGCCUUCCACCAUGACGGAGGUGCAGACCCCGGUAGCACCUGAUCAGCAGCUCGAGGAGACCGCCAAAGCUCAAUACAGCUUCAACUUCAGCGACUUCCUUCGACGAGAAUACAGAUUUGGUCUCGACCCCAACCGCCCGUCUUGCAAAGCAUACCUGCAAGGACACUGUCCGCUGGGUAGUCGUUGCCCUGACAAGCACCAUGUUUCAUCUUCAUACAACAAUCUAGUCUGCAAACAUUGGCUGCGUGGCCUAUGUAAGAAGGGCGAAACCUGCGAGUUCUUGCAUGAAUACAACCUGCGACGGAUGCCCGAAUGCUCGUACUACGCCCGGACGCAAACGUGCUCUAAUGGAGACGACUGCUUAUACCUGCACAUCGACCCUGAAGCCAAACGACCAUCAUGUCCACACUACGAUCGCGGUUUUUGUCCGCUCGGCCCAUACUGUGCGCUCAAACACAACAAGAAAGAGAGAAUAUGCCCAUUCUACCUCUGUGGAUUCUGUCCAGCAGGGUCACAGUGCAAAGAUGGAGCGCACCCAAGAUUUCCUACAGAUCUUAAGAAGCCAGAGGUUCGCAUCGAGAAGAGUCCAGAGGAGCUUGAGGCAGAACGUGCAGAGCGAGAGCGAGAGAUGAUGAGGAGGGAAGAGGAGGAGCGAGAGCGCGAUGAUGGACGAGGGUUCCGCGGCGGGCGAGGUGGAAGAGGUGGAUGGAGAGGAAACAAGCGUGGAGGUCGUGGAAGAGGCAGAGGGCGGGGAGAUCACUAAUCGAACUCUACUCCUUUAUCUGAAAAUUCAAGGAUGAAGACGUUGCGC